UAGAAUAUUGAUGACAUCAUCAUUUUGUUCUUGCCGUACACCGAUGAUUGCAAAAGACUAAAUCACACUUCAAUAUUCAUCAAUAUAGAAACUACUCUGCUUUAAAAGAUUGUCAUAGAACGUUAUUUCGUACAGACCGACAUGGGACUACAAUUUCUCUAAAAAACAGUAUGGGCAUCGCAUAGCGUGUAUACUGUCAUAUCUUGAAAAUUACCAUUAUUAGUAGUAUAAAGAUGAGCGAGGUACGAUCCAAUAAACUGAUUUGUUGUGGUGUGACAGGAACGAUCAUGGCAUGUAUCGGUAUCGUUCUUAUUCCUAUCACAGAUGUCGUCAUUUUAAAGAUCAUGGAGCAGGAAGGAACCCUAGUCCCCAGUUCUCUUGCCUAUCCUCUAUGGGAAGAGGUCCCUAUUCCAAUAUAUUUUCAGUUCUGGUUCUGGAAUCUCACCAAUCCUGAGGAAUUCUUGAAAGGAGGACCAGCGAGACUAGAAGAACUUGGACCUUAUACAUAUAGAGAGUAUCGUCCAAAGGUUAACAUAACCCACUAUGAUAAUGGGACAGUCAGCUACCUGAACAAGAAAAGUUUUGUCUUUGAUCUUGACAUGUCUGUCGGUCCUGAAUCAGAUACCUUCAUUGCAGUUAACAGCCCUGUUUUUACUAUUGCUAAUUGGCUCAAGAACGCCCCUGACCUGAUCCAGAAAGCUUGGCAACUAAUUCACGAGUUAUCUAAAGCUGAUGUCAUAAUAGAACUGUCAGUUGGAGGCUUCAUAUGGGGCUAUCCAGAAAAGUAUUUAGAAUUAGCACAAAGGAUCCUUGGUGAAGACAUCGUUCCUUUCACAAACUUUGGCAUCCUGAUGGGGUAUAAUAACAGUGAUGAUGGUAUAUGGUCUGUGUAUACUGGUCAAGACGAUCUCAUGAAGCUUAAUCAGAUGGAUAUGUGGAAUAGAGAGAGGUUACUAUCAUGGUGGACUACAGACUAUGCUAAUGCCUUAAAUGGCACUGAUGGAACGAUAAUGCAUCCAUUCGUAGAUAAAGACGAAGAAGUGUAUGUCUACUCCACAUAUGUGUGUCGGUCUGGUCUAUUGCUGUUUGAAGGCUACAGAGAGUUUCGUGGUGUAUGGCUCUAUUAUUUUAGCGCACCUGAAUAUCUGUAUGCGAACGCCAGUAUACACCCACCUAAUAUUGAUUUUUGCACUCCUGACCAAACCACUUGUCCCCCUUCUGGAUUGAUUAACGUCAGUGUAUGUUAUUUCCAAGCACCCAUCUACCUAUCAUCACCACAUUUUCUCUACGGAGACGACAUGUUAUUUGAUGACGUCAUUGGUAUGAAACCAAACUUUAACAUCCAUGGACUGGAGGCCGAAAUUGAACCGGUAAAAACGUUUUAUUUCAUAUAUCUUCCCUUUUGUGUUUGAUAGGAGUAUCGAUUUGUUUGCUAUUAAGGCAAACCCGUACACGGGUCGUGUGGUCCAGUGGUUAGAGCAUUGGACUCAUAAUCGCAAGGUUGUGCAAGGUUGUGAAUUCGAAUACCCACUCUCCCAUUGUCUCCACUUUGAUAAAAAAGGCACAAGGGUAAUAUCUGUCGCCUAUUUAUAUAAUAUAUUCAAUUUACGUAUUUUCGAUCGCUUAGACGUUACAAUGUUGCCGUUCCCAUGAUGCAACUGCAUGAUGCAAUAACCAAAAUAAUUACACUUAGGCCUACAUUUUGG